AUGGAGGGGAGCAGAACUGCUUCAGGGGUACCACUCCUUCCUAGAGUGGCUUUACCCCUGGUAGACAUCCAGGCGGUUCGGGAAUUGCUCUCCACAAUCUCAAGUGGCGGCUACAAUGCCCAGCUGGCAGCUGCCGUACAGCUUGCCGUACUGCUGGAAACGGAGGAGGGCCGCUUCCGCGAUGUCGUGGGUGACCCCUGGGGCGGUCCCGCGGGUCAGCGCUCGGCACACAGCAUCGGCCGGCUGCUGGCGUGCAUCAAGGAGCGCGAGAGCGUGUACGACACCGUGUGUGAGUCUUGGUUGCUGUCCCGGUCAGCCCCCCUGGAGCAGCAGGUGGCGGGUAGUCGGCUGGUGCUGGCUUGUGUGAGCUGCUGGGGCUUCCAGUACCCCCUCACUGAGGACCGGUGCAUGGACCUGAUCACGGAGUGGGCGGGUGACGGCGGGGAUAAAACACCCACGCCGGCAGACCCUCCGCCAGCGGAUGACGAGUCGUUGCUGCGGGAGGCGAGGUCCGUGUACGCGACAGGGCUACUCUCUAUCGCAAUGACCAACGAGGACUACGCCGGUCCGGCCGCCUCCACGCCCCAGGUCGCAUGGGUCGCGAAGUACAUGCGCACUGCACUCAUAGAAAACAUUCAUGUGCCCGUGGCGCUGGCGCCGUACUGCGCGGCGCUGCUGGCGGCGGUGGGGGAGUUCGUGGAUGCGCUGGGCCCCGUGCUGGCGGAGCGGGGCGCGGAGGCGCUCCUAGAGCUCAUGCGCCGCGCCGCCGCCGCCGCCGACGGGCGGCUGCUGUACGACACGCUGGCGGCCUGCGUGGCUCUGACGGCGCACCGCCGCUUUUCAGAGGUGUUCGUCGAGUCGGGCGGUGUGGAGCUCGCACUGACACUGCCCAGGCGAGUGUGCCGUUGUCGCCGCCGCCGUCGUGGUCGACUUGGUCGCUACGUCCCCGCGCUCGGUGACUUGCCCUCCGCAAACCUGUGUGGCUUAGAGCCGCACACCUUGCAGAGCUACCCUCUGUACCUUGGCGUUGGUGCUGCCGGCGGUAUUGCCAUGAACCCGCACACCUUCUCCGGCCUGGCCAUGUUGCUGUACAGCUUGGCUGCAGCCCCCCUGGCCUUCGAGCGCCUCAUAACGCCAGGACCUCCACCACCAUCAUCACCACCACCACCACUACCAUCACCACCAUCACCACCGUCACCACCACCACCACAAGCACCAGCACAACAACAACAACAACAAGGGACGCAGGCUCCAGCAGCAGCACCACCACCACCACCAGCUCCCCAGUACUCGGGAGCUGCUGCCACCACCGCUGGUCCCGGAGCUGUGAUUGCUGCCGCACUGUCCCUGUUGGGCUGCGGUCAUGACCUGGUUCGAAAGACGGCGGAUGGUGUACGGCGUAUGCUGAACCUGCUUCGCGCGCUGCUGACCAGCCUGCGCUCGGACUCCCCUGCUGACCUGAGGAUGGAGCGACAGGUGGGCUACUACGCCGCCCUCACACUCCGUCAGUUCGUAGCCACGCAUCUCGUACUGCACGUGGGGGCAAUCAAGCGAACACUUGCGGCGGCGGCGGCGGCGGCGGCAAGCAAUGGCGCCGAUGCAGGCCGGUCCUCCAGCACUAUUGCCGCCGAGGCGCAGGCUCCCGUACUGCCGUACCGGCCCGUUGACACCAGCCGGGAGGCCCUCGAGGCGCUGACGGCGUCCCUGGAGUCGGAUCGCCGCCUGGCGGAGGCGUUUGCUCGCUGCCGCUGGCCCGCCCUGGAGCACCUACUGGAGAUGCAGGCGCCAGCGCUGCUGCUGGAGCUGGUUUCGGCGCUGCCGCCGGAGCGCUGGUUCCACGAGGCGGCGCAGGCCGCGCUGGAAGCUGUCCGGCUGCUGACGUUGGCGCCGCUGGCGCGGCGGGCUGUGCUAGCGGCGGUGCAGCAGCAGCAGCAGCACCGCAACGGCGUCGGUGUGCUGUUGAGUGCGGCCACCCUGACCACAUCCGCAUUCUUCUCAUCCGAUCCGGAGGUAAUAGGGGGCGCGGGCUUUAAUAUGUACGGCAGCGGGGGUGCGGGUCCCGUGGGGCCUCGUCAUGGCGACAAGGUCACCGCCGCCGCCGCCAAUGACGCCACCGCGCCGGCACUCCUAAAAAUCGAACGCGCCGCCAUCGCCGCCGCAUCACACGUCAGCUACAGCCCUCAGGAGCUGCUGCUGCUCGUGUACGAACACCUGAUGGCGUCGGGUUUGCACGCCUCCGCCGCCACGCUGGCGUCGGAGGCGAACCUGGCUCGGGCGAGUGCCGCGCUGCACAAGCUGCUGCAACUGAGCAGCAACAUGGCUGCCACCACUGGAGGGGGAGGAGGGGGAGGAGGAGGAGGGGGAGGAGGAGGAGGGGGCGCGACAGCGGCGCACGGCGACGCCGGCCAUGCACUGGAGGCCGGUCACGGUGGACACGGCGGCAACGGCGGCGGCGGCGGCGGCUGCAGCGCCGCCGUUCAGCAUCCGCAUCAGCAACAACAUCAAGUGUACGGUGCAGCUACAGGACUGCCUAGCGCAGUGUGCACGCCGUAUACAGGCGGCGUUGGAGCUCGGCUGCUGUCUGACCUGAUGCGGGAGCCGGGGGGAGCUGCGGCGCGGCGGCCAGCGGGAGUGCCUCUGGAGCCGGGGGUGCCGUACCAGCGCGGCCCUGUCACUGACUGGCACGCGGCUUUCACUGCCGUGUCCCUGGACCUCAUCGCCCUCACCACCACGGGCACGGGUUCUGAGGCGGCGGGAGCCGCCGCCGCCGCCGCCACCGCCACCGCGGCGGCGGCGCCAAUGUCCAGCGACGCCGACUACCUGGUCCGGGCCUUCGGUACCCAGCGGCAGCAGCAACGGUCCUCCACGUCCACAGCCACGCCGCAGGUCCUGAUUCGCGCCAGGGCCAUGGCGAGCCCCUUCGCCGACGGAACCGCUACAGCCGACCGACCAGCGCGUCCUGUUGGCGUCGGCUUUGGUGGCUUUGGCCUGGCGGCAGCGGCGGCGGGAACCCCUUUCGGCGCCGCCGCCGCCGCCGCCGCCACCGCCACCGCCACCGCCGCCGCCGCCGCGCACACUGCCGCCCCCAAUCCGCUCCUUGCAAACCUCCCCAGUCGUAGACCGGGUCCCCCGGCUACCACAGCCGCCGCUGGGCUCCGAAGGCACUCCUCAAACACCACGGCCACGGCGGCGGCGGCGGCGGCGGCGGCAGCUGCCGCCGCUUCUAGUGCGGCGGCACCGCCGGCAGGCGGCGGCAGUGGCGCCGCUGCUGUCGCUACUACGGUUCCGGUUUCGGAGCUCCCCAUCCAUGUUGAGGCCGCCGCGCGGGAGCUGCACCUCCUGUCACCACCGCCAAGCUGUCAUGCAGUCGGCAGUGCCCACCGCCAUGCUGCCGCCCAUCACCCUCUCCCGGCCAUACGUCAUGCCUCAGCAACGGCCACUCACGCUCUGGAGGCGCCCUUCAAUGUCACCCGGCGGAUAUGCCGGAGAGAGCUGGUGGAGGCACGGGGCGGCCGGGGGGGAGCGCGGGCGGAUGCCCAGCUCAUCUACAGCCGCUUCCGGCCGCUGCGUACCCUGCGAGAUGACGGCAGCCUCAGUCUGUGCGCCACCUUCGUACACCCGCUGCUGCUCUCAUCUGCCCGCGCCGAUGUCAAGUUAUGGGCACUUCGCCCCGAGGGGGGUGAGAGUGAGGGGGAGGGGCUCCUGCCCCGGGGGCCCCGAGCCACCUGGGACGGAGUCGCCCGGGGGAGAUUCAGCCCGGACGGCGCGCAGGUAGUGGCUGUGAGCUGCACAUCUGCUCGACAAGCCAUGAUAUUCGAUGUGCGUACGUCCGCGCGGCUUACCGUACUGGAUCCGCCCCCGCUGGCCGCGGCCACGGCCGGCGGGCCGUCGCCUGGCGGCAGCGGCGGCCGUACCCCGCGGCCUGGCGGCGGUCUUGGCGGCCUUGGCGGUCUUGGCGGCGGUCUGAGGCUGGGACUGGGAGCCGUUGCCGGCGGUGAUGUACGGCGGUCUGGUCGCGGUAGUGCGGCGGCGGCGGCUUCUGCCUGCUAUAGCCCCACGGGGACGAUGCUGCUUUGGGGCAACUGCCUGUACGACCUGCGUACGAGGACUGCCGUACACCAGUUUGAUAUGUUUACGGACAGCGGUUCUGGAACCUUCCAUCCAGCGGGCCUCGAGGUCAUCCUGAACAGCGAGGUGUGGGACCUGCGCACCUUCAAGUUGCUGCGCUCCGUGUGCUCGCUGGACGGAGCCUCCGUGGCUUUCAACGGCGGGGGCGAUGUAAUGUACGCGUGGCGGCGGCAUUCCGAGGAGUCCUUCUCGCAGCUGUUCCACCCUCGCCGGGCUCGCCACCCCCUCCACACGGCCUUCCGUACACUGGACGCCGCCACGUACACCGACAUCGCCACGGUGGCGGUGGAACGCGUGGUGCUGGACCUGGCGGUUGAGCCCACUGACUCGCUGGUGGCGGUUGUGGCGGUUGACCUGACGGAGGAGGAGGUGACGGCGGCGGCGCGGGUGUACGAGGUUGGUCGCCGCCGCCCCGCCGACGACGAGUCCGAUGCGGAAGAGGAGGAGGACGACGACAGCGACGGCGGGAGCGAGGUUGGCCGGGAGUUUGUUUCGGUUACUUUGACAGGGAGUUUGUUCCGGUUACUUUUCAUGCAGGAUGAGGAAGAGGAGGAGAUGGACUUAGACGGGUCGGACCCGGACACACCGGGGGCCGGCAGGGUGCAGCGGAACAACCGCCAGAGGGGAGUAGGCGGCGGCGCUGCGGCGGCACUGCGGCGGCUGGCGCAGGGCGGGUUUGGUGAGGACGAAGGCGGCGAAAGGGGGGAGGAGGAGGAGGAGGAAGGAGGAGGCGGUGGGCUUGGGGCUCUUCGGGGCGCGCUGGGUCGCGGCGGCGGCGGCGGCGGUGCGGACGGCGGCGACGGCGACGACGAUGAUGGUGAUGACGAUGAUGAUGCUGGGGCGGGCGACGGAGUCGUGAGUGAUGACGAGGAGUUGGGGCUUGCGAUGUUGGAAGAUGCAUAUGCGGCGCUGGAGGACGCGUACGGAGAUGAUGACGAGGAAGGUGGAGAGCACGACAUGGACGAGCCUGACGAUGAAGAUGGGGAGUUCGACGAGGAGGAUCUGGAGGCGUUUUUGGAGGGGCAGGAGGACGAUGACGAUGACGAGGAAACCGAGGGUGAAAGCGAGGACGAUGACGACCACGAUGAUGAUAUGAAUGAGGGAGGUUAG